AAAACCCAAGCUUUGUCAUACGGCUCUUAAAUUGUGACUGGCCAAACUUGGAUAUUUCAGCCCACUUCUAACUUGAGAAAACACCUUGUGGUAAGUUUGGAUCUGCAUCGUUGACACAACAUUGGUGCAGGGGGCAAAAGCUGGCUAUCCUCUGGAAAUUUUGGAGCAAUCUUGUGCCCCCCAAGUGGAGGAAAAUCCUUAUGGUCAAAUUAUCACAAAUGUAUUUGAGAGCUUGAGGUCCUGAGGCAGGUGUGGGCAAGAGAGAAGAUUUGCAACCAGGGUCCCUCUGCCAGCUGUGAUCCGUGACUCCUCCAGGUUUCAUGUGGAGCUGGUGAGUGACUUAGCUUUAGCUCCCAGCUGAGCCCAGUGGUCCAUAGUUUUGGGAGCAGAAGGGUCCAGACACAGGACAGUCAAGUCCACAUCAUCUGUGACCAUUUGUGGCAGUGUGACCCACGGGUACCCCCGAUUGACCUGCUCCUCAUCUCAAACAUGGUAGAGGAUGAUAUUCUCUGUUGCAGUUUUGUUAUCCAUUGGGUGAAAUGCUAGAAGCUUCAACAGUCAGUUUCCAAGAUGAUGGCGGUCCCGGUGGAAGGUGAGCUGUGCUUCCCACAGCUCGUCAAUACCUCCUGCAGGAAAACGCAGCGUCCUCACCUGGUCACCUCCUACAUGCUCCUGUCAGUCAUCUCUCUGAUCACUGUCACUCUGAACCUGCUCGUCAUCAUCUCCAUCUCACACUUCAAGCAGCUGCACACCCCCACCAACCUCCUGCUACUUUCGCUGGCCAUCUCCGACUUCUUGGUGGGUUUCCUCUUGUUGUUUCAGAUUUCCCUCCUUGAUGGUUGUUGGUUCUUUGGUGAUUUGAUGUGUGUUGUGUAUUAUAUUGUGGAUCACUCUGUCACAUCCGCUUCGAUCGGAAGCAUGGUGUUCAUCUCGGUCGACCGCUAUAUCGCUAUCUGUGACCCUCUGUGUUACACUGUCAAGGUGACAAAAACUAGAGUGGAUAUCUCGGUGUAUUUAUGUUGGGCAACAUCAUUUGUCUUCCACUCUAUGUGUUCGCUAGACUCUCUGAAGCAACCAGGCAGGUUCAACAGCUGUGUAGGUGAGUGUGUGAUUGUAGUCACGUACGUUGUGGGAAUCACAGACCUAUUUGUCUCCUUCAUAGGCCCCAUCACUGUCAUUUUGGUUCUGCACAUGAAAGUGUUUGCAGUGGCCAUAUCACAGGCACGCGCCUUGCGCACCUGCACAGGGGGCGUCACAUUGCAAGGUGCAGCCACCAGGAGGUCUGAGCUGAAGGCAGCCAGGACCCUAGGGGUGGUGGUGGUGGUAUUUAUCGCAUGUAUCAUGCCAUAUUUCUGCAUUGUUAUCUCAGGCCAGGAUGUUCUGCUCAAUGCGUCAUCUGCAACCUUUAUCAUCUGCUUGUUCUACUUCAAUUCCUGUCUGAAUCCGCUGAUCUAUGCUAUUUUCUAUCCUUGGUUCAGAAAAUCCAUUAAGCUCAUUGUGACAAUGCAGAUUCUGAAGCCUGACUCUUGUCAGACCACUAUAAUGUAGAUGCCAUUUAAAGGUUUGUUGUGUGUUUAUCUCUGAAAUUUUGAGAAAAUUAAGAAAUAUGUACAAAAUAUACUGUGCUGCUGCUUCUUUUUUGUUUGCUUCUGUACAUGUUCACAGUCAUAAAACAACAGUUUAUUGCUUAUUUGUUCCCCCUUUUCCUUUUGUCGAACAAUUAUAUUCUGAGAACUGCAGUAGUCAUUACCUACUGUAUAAGUGUGGAACCACAUUCACUGGACUUGCUGUUCUUGCAAAAUCAUACUCAAAAUAAUUUAUCCAUAAUUUCACUGCAUACAUUUUUGUAUGUUCUUCCCGAAAUGUUCAAAUGCACUGCUCCAUCUGCUCGUAAAUGAUAUGUACACAUAAAAUGGUCUUGCCAGAAGUGUUUUUAUUUUUGACUGCUGGAUUGUAG